CAUAGAAGAAGUUGACGUUACUCAUUAGCAACGUCAUAUUGCGUCCGGAAAUUUACACAAGCUGUUCAUAAAUCGUUAAAGAAUGGAUAAUUAAUGGAUACUGAAAAUCCAGGCUGUUGUGUUUGGCUAAUAAGUUUCAAGAAAUCUUGCAACGAAAGGUUUGCAAGAUUUCGAAACCGCUUGCGCCAAACGUAUUAUGCAAGAAGAGGCAAGACUCUUGACCCUGAAACCCUGCUAAAUGAAACAGGUACUGCCGACAUGGUCGUCGUGAAGACGGUCAGCAAGUCAAACAAAGUCGUUCCUGAAAACCUGACAUCUAAGAAUGACGAUGCUGUUGAUACAGAAAAUACAACAGUGACAGAGACCGAAGCAGACGAUAGACUUGUCGAGGACUUCGUGGCAUGCAUCAUAGACAAGGCAGCCGACACUCUGAGACAGGAGUUGCCUAGCAACACAACCGCCAUAACAGUGAAGUCAGCAGACGACAACAUAUCAUUAUCCUCCAGUAUCAUUAGCCAAAUUGCUGAUAUGGCUGUAACGGAGAGUCUGUCAAAUAUUGUGAUGGAUGCGGACAUUAACCACUCUGCUAUUAGAGCUCCUAAAACUGUCAAAGAGUUCAAGGAAGCAUUUGGCAUAACCGGAUAUGACGACAUUGAUGAUGGCCUUCCACCUGUAAGCGUGUAAGAGUACAAGAAGAAGAAAGAAACAACGUAUAUUUUUGUUUGUUUGUGUGUUGCUUGAUUUUGUUUUUCUUCGUUAUUUUUUUUUUCUUUGUGAGUGUUUUUUCCUUUUUUACUGCUUUGCUUGUUU